CGACAUUGAUCAUAACAUAACAUAUUUACAAUUUCAGUAAUUGCGUUUCUUUCGAAUCAUUCAAAUUCCAUUCUUGUAUCAAAUAGUUCUUGUAUAAUAGAAAAAUUCCCAUACUAUAGAAAAAUUAGCCUCAUGAUGAGAAAAGGUUGGAUUUAUUUAAAUAACAAACUUUCGAUGCAUGCUCCAAUAGGACAUCAACAUACUUUGGUUUUAUAAAAAAAUCUUAACAUCUUCCGAAAAUUCAAAAAUGCACUGAGCAGAGCUACCCGAGUAUGACUAUGAGUAUGAUGAAGAAGAAAGCACAGUCUCAACUCAAGAUAUAACUAUUCCAUCCAGACUAUCAAGAGAUGUGACUAAAGAGUCAAUGAAUACAAGAGAGUAUGAUAUCCUACCCUUUAUGAAUGACAGACCACUUCCAGAGGAUUAUGAACAAAUUCAAAAGGAGAACCAAACCAAAGAUAUUUGUAAACCAAUACUACAAGCUCAAAGUGACACCAGCAUGUUGAAAAUUUUUCAAAAUAGGAAACAGCUAAGUUGGACAGCGGGAAUAAAUUAUCGCUUGGUGGCACCUAAGAAGGAUUUUUUUCAGUGUCCGAUGGAUCCGAUUACAAAGGAAAUUGCAAGUCUGACUGCAAUCGAUGGUGACCCAAUUCUUUUAGGAACAGGAGGUCUUGAUGGAGUAAUAGAUUCAAAUGACGAAAAUGGAAGAAAAACCAUUUUGCCACCUGAAACUUUCUGCCUCUCGGUCAAUGAUCCUGAUCCUGUAUUUCUACAGUGUGUAUUUUCUCCAGAAAUAGAUAAAUGCGAGGCUAUUCGAUUCUGGGUAUUUAACUGCGCUUUUAUCCUAUCCAUUAUAUUUAUCAUUCUUGCAAUCAUAGCACAUUUUAUUGAACCCCUGUUAAAAAACACUGCACUGGGUACACUCAGUAUAGGAUUCCUCUUCAAUCUACUGAUGACCUAUAUUAUCAUGAUCAUCUCCAGGCUUGCAACUUUUGAAAGAGAAACACCACCAUGUGUGUUGAUUGGAUACUUACAACAAUAUUUUUACCUAUCCUUCUUUACGUGGAACAACGCUAUUGCAAUAAUUAUUGGACAGAAGCUGACCACUAGCAGAAACAGAGAUUCAAAGAAGAAACAAAUCAUAUGCAUUAUUUAUGCCCAGGGUCUUCCUGCUGUUAUAUGUGUCUUGACCUACAUCAUUGACCUGUUUGUACCUGAAGAAGGGCCUAACCGAGCAUACUUUCCAGAGAUGGGAGUAUAUUCUUGUUAUUUAGGAUCAGAGAGAACAGCUGUUAGACCACACUACUUUCUUUCACCAGAGUUUCUGUAUGUUCAGGGAUUUCAGCUCCUGCUUUUGCUGAUUAAUCUUACUUGGUUUAUCAGAGCGGCAAUGUUUAUUGUGAAGAACAGAACCACAGUUGGAGAGUCAGAUGUCAAUAAACAGAAGGAAAACUAUGUGAUUGUUCUAAAGCUGUUUAUCCAUAUGUGCAGUCUUUGGAUUUGUGAAAUUAUAACGUCAGCCAUAGCUGUUGAGUACGGAGUAAUCGAGACAUGUAAACUUAGGUUUGUAUUGGAUUCUCCAAAUGCGUUCUACGGCGUUCUUAUUUUCUUAUUUCUGAUUGUUGGGAAGAAAGCAGUCAGGAAGAAUCUGCAGGAAACAGUUUCCUCCUGGUUCUCUAGCAGUAAAGAAGUGAAUACAGAGGUGGGAUAUUCAGCCAAUGGAAGAUCAUCAGACGAGUCUAAAGUUACUCUGUCAACUAGAUUUAAAAAAUAGAUUAUAAAUGAUUUUAGGAUAAAUAAAAACAGUUUUCUCGUUA